AUGAAACGCUUGGGUAUUGAUGUCAAGCGGGCAUUUGAACAGUUAGCGAACACUCACAUCGAACUGAACCAAGACGACCUACCUGAAGCGCCAGUAGUCGGUGACGUGGCGGACGACGAGAUCGCACGGGAGCUGGAACGCAUGUGCGAAGAGGUGAAAGUGGUGCUGAGUGACGACCAGUACACUGAAUUCCGGGAGAAAGUGACCAAACUAAGCAAGGCGUUUCAUAGACUAUGGGGACUAGGAUUGGUCCAGAUGAACCAGCAUUGGUUUAACCUUUGGUGGUGA